UCUUUCGUCAUUCGGGCUGCAUACUUGUUCGGCGGGUCAACGCAGGAGGUGUACGUGUUUACGGGUUGAUUUCUUCCGGGAGUGCUUUGCACGCGAGCUGCUGAGCGACGACUGCGAGCGAUAUCGUGGAGAGUAAGUGAUAAUCAAGAGCAUCGUUAAUUUAUGGGUUUCUAUUCUAGGAUCUUCGAUACGGAGCGGGACGGGGACGCGGUGUCUUCCUCCCGCAACGCCCAGCUUGGCCCGUUACUCCGCCGUCCAUUCGUUGUGCAAGGCACCGCGCACUAUCGCAUUUUCGUGAAUACCAUCGUAGACGUACGUGGACACUAUACGUUGAACAUGACCAUUGGCGUAUACUAUACUGCAGUGGAAAUAGAGUUCGACGUCCAAUUUAUCCAGCUGCAAAGCAUAUGCGACGAGUAUGCAAAAGCACUGCAAGCCAUCACACCUCGUGGUACAGCGCUGUACACACGGCCAAUUUACGCGAUUGAAUAUCGACAAGCGCGGCAUUUUGCUAAACCUGCGAGGAGAAGGCUCGCCAGCUUAGCUUUCCUUUUGCGCUGUGCGCCGUGCUGUCUGGGCGCGGAGAGCUCGUGCUCUGGAGUAGGUCUUGGCUACGGAAAUGUCACUCCUGCUCCGCUCGGCGGCGACAUUUCUCCUCGCAUGGCUCCAGGGCUGUUUUGCUCUCUGUCAAGGAUGCUGUGCAGUGUGCAGCAGCCAAUGAGACUCUGGCAGUCGCGAAGUUUCGUUCACAGCAUGUGCAACCAAGUUUCUCACGGCAUUGCUUCUUUGCGUGAUUUCUUCUCCUGAAGAAAGGAGAAAGCCGGCUCGGGCCUCGUAACAUCAUCCGAUGGGCGUCGAAGAAGAAAUGUGAGGAGGCGCAAGCGAAACCGAGAGUGUAGCGCCGUACCUGGCAGGACACCGGAGGCAAUGUACACUACUGUACCUGGACGAUUGUAGGUGCAUGUGGAUGCCGAGGCAACGACCCCGGAGGGUGGUGGAGUGCGCCGAUGCGCGAUGUGAACGCUAGAGUCUCGUGACCGGUGGUGACGGACAGGCUCCAGACCACUCAGCGACGACGUCGUGGUGCAACCUCUGCGAGACACGACAGCGAAGCACGCAAU